AUGUCCGGUAACUGGGCGGCCUCCCUGGGCGCCUUGCUGGGCCUCGUGGCUUUGACGACCUUCUUGUGGCGCAGUUGGAAGCUCCUGAGGCGCGGUGAUGGCUUGCAAUAUGCCUUGGCGCUGCGUUCUGCCGUGAUCUAUGUUCUCGGUAUUUGCUCGGUGCCAUUGCUUUUCCCUUGCACGGACAGCCCUGAGGCUGGGGAGGGGGAGCAGGAGAGCAGAGACUCACUGAGCUGGGAACACAAAGCCUUGAAAGAAGACUCAGGAAGACUUGAGGGAACCAAGGGCUUGGACAGUCUUGUUGCUUGGGAUGAAGGCGCCAUUGACGAGUUGGGCCUCUUGCCCCAAGAGCCCUUACAGCUUCAUCCCAACGAAGCUUGGAAUUUGAUGCAUAUCUUCCACAUUUUGCCAUUCUGGUAUGCCUUCCUGGUGACACCCUACUUGGGUGGCCUAGUGAAAGCUAUUGUUGAUGCCAUUCUGGGUGUUGGCUUGGGCCUCGCAGCAGCUAGCUUGCUGAAUCUUCUUCUCCCUGGUGGAGCAGCGGGACCUAAUUAUUUGGCCCCUGAGUAUUUUGAACAGGCGUGGCUUCCUUUCAGAUACAGCACAUUUUCUGCCUUCAUGCUGGCGCUGUGCUUUACCUAUGGACUUUUUGUGAGCAGCUUGAGCUUGGGCAAAAAGCAAUAUGCGUUGGGCCUCUUUUCCGAGCUCUUGGUGCCCUUUAUGAGUCCCACGACCCGCACGGGUUUCCGAGCCGUCUGUUGGGAUUGGGACUUUGCUUGGAACUGGAAUGGUGCUGCGAUGUGUGGACUUUGGCUCGUGCUCCUUGCCGUGCUGUUGUCCGUCUUUACCUUGGGUUUGCUGCCACAUCGCCGUUCCAUCGAGAUGCAUACAGCCAGAUGGGCCUCUGCCUUGGCGUUGGCCCAACUUGCAGAGGAUACAGGUGGCUGCUUGGAGUAUUUGAUGACCAUCUUGCAGCAGGAUGCCUGGAAGUUUCAAUUCCACGCGGAAAGCUCAAAUUUCUAUAUCAAGCACUUGGGCCUGCGACUUACGCGUGCCGAGAUGAUCCUGGAUCUGACGCCGUGGGAGGGUGGCUCUGAUCUCACCACAGUGGUGGCUUUCCUCAGGCAGCUCAGACAAUUGCUUCGUAUCCAAAGCGAGCAGAUGCGAUAUUUUGGGCAGACUAUUCCAAAGGGAGAGCAGUUGAAGCUGGUGGACUUCCUUCAGGCCUGCAACGAGGGACUGGCCUUGGUGGCCAGUGACUGCCGAAGCCAUGCUGAUCUCACCAAGGAGAGCUGCGCAGAGCUUCAACGGAUUGCCGACAAAGCUGAUGAGGUGUUGGUCCAGUCGCUACGCAGCCUUGCGGAAAAUGACAAGACGCUUUGGUCUCAAAUUCGACUGGCUUUGAGUUGCCCAGUCAGUGAGUUCAGUGACUGCCCAGUCAACGACAGGUGGUUGGCCAUUUCUCACACUAUGCUGGGUAGCGGCGUGCUGGCUACAGACAUGCAGAGUCCCGUGUCCAUACCGUAG